CAAUACCCUCCGCCUCCGCCAACAUUCGCGCCUCACCUAUCAACCUUGACUCCUACUCUGCCUCAGGACCUGCAACCACCCCACCCAUUCCCAUCCUCUCCCUCCAGAACGACUUCCUCCCAUGGCGCUGUGAAAUCCGCGCGUCGACAUCUCCUUAUGUCACCGUCGAGGACGUUCUCAUCCAGCUCUACCGCUUCCUCCGUACACCGGGGACUCGUGAGGAGUACAAAGCGGUUCCCAGCCAGCGCGCCCGGGACACCAUUGCAGAAACAUACCACAAUCGGUUUACGCGCCUCAUCGGCUGAGGCUUACGCGGAAGAGCAGCGUAAGGGGCUGAAGCGGGUAGACUUCUUAAUGGGGUGCACCACGUUCAUGGGCCUGUCUAGCACAAAAUUAGGUCCAGACGUUUGGGUGCUGAACCUACAGUGAGCUGUCACCGCUAUUCUAGCAACGAAAGGAGGACGGGCAGCAGGAGCCAGCAGCAGUAUGAAUCAUUUAUUAUCCUUAUCCAUAUCCAUCAACCCCCAUCACCCACGCAUGUCACGGACAUAUUUCU